UACCACUUCAUAUUAAUCAUAAGAUUUCACUACAAUAGGUUAUAUCAAAAAUGUAAAGGAAAUGAUGAAUCCUCAAUGUUCAACACAGUUGUUUUUUUUUAACAAUUUUGAGAAAUAAGUGAAAAACUGCUGACUCUUUUCUGCCCACUGACUGCCUCGUUCGUCAACAGAACUCCAGCUCAGAAUCUGAUGACUAGUAGAAACAUGUAUUUGUAACAUGUUACAUUAGAUUUACACAUUUCAGCCUUGCAUCACUUGUUUACUCAAAGUUCUGCUGUCUCCCCACAGUUACAUCACUGGUACCGAACGUUCCCUCCCAUUACGGGGCAUCUGUACCUAAAGAACUUCCAAAUGAACAAGAUCUCAAGCAACCAAUCAGACUGGUGUACCAUCUUUAAGUGUUGUCUUUUAGUUAAAAACGUGCUGCGAUGAUUGGUCCUCACGAAGAUGCCGUGAAUUGAUCUCCCUCUAGGAUGCGCUUAUACCAGGGUUCCCCAGAUGACAAGGUGCUAAACAGAGGAAGGGUCAAGCCAGAACGAAUACAAGACGACGAGUCACGCUUCUGUAGCAAGAACAGUUUGGUGAGGGAGAGUGGUCUCAAUAACAGUGAGAUGAGUAACUUCUCACUACCCCCAAACGUUACGGAUCUCGGUUGGCAUCAACCACUUUGGUACAAGUACGAACAGUGUGCCGUGGGUCCGUAUGCAUUCAUCUUUUACUUCAUCGUCAAAGUUUUUAACCUGGCCUUGGGAUUCCCCACUAAUAUGCUGGUGAUGUGGCGCAUAGCAAGGUGCAAAAGUGAAGCUUCCACGUCCGAUGUGUUUAUCUUCAACCUAGCCAUAGUGGAUGCUUUUUUCUGCCUGAUGACGCCUGUGGAUCUGAUGAACCGCCUGUAUUUGGACAACUGGGGUGUCUGGAAGUUACAGAAUCUUUCCUAUGGAAUGAAAGAUACAACACCACUGUUCUUUACCUGCAUCUGCUUGGACAGGUACAUGGCUGUCGUGCACCCUAUAUUGUUCACGAACAUCCGCGAUAACCGCAUACGCAUAGGCAUCACAACCUUGGUAUGGGUGAUGAUCUUGGCUUAUGCUAUCACAGAGAGCAUUUUAGGAAUACCGAGUGUGACCAACGUGUUCAGCAGCCUCAUACUGACUUCCUUUUUCAUCAUGGUCUUCUGCAACAUAUCCAUCAUCUGGGUGUUGCGCAAGAGUAUUGCUGGCAAAGAGACCAUGAACCCUGUGAAGAAGAAAGCCUUUAAAAUGGUGGUCAUCCUGCUGGCUAUCAUUGUCUUCAACUAUUUGCCACCUGUGGUGAUCAUGCCGUUUGGCUCCACCUUCACGUUUUUCCAGAGGCACUGCCAAAUCAGUGUAUCGAUCUACUCUAUCAUGGACUUGAGCAGCACAAUUGAUCCGAUACUUUACAUCUCCAAGACGGACAGAAAUAAUUUCUGCUCCUGUCUGAAAGGAAACGCAAACAACCCAGAAAAAAAUCACAAUGUGUAAAAAAAUAACAGUCAAUAUCUAGAAUCUAGAAGAGAUUAGAGAUGUGGGAUAUUAUUCAAAUCCACCUGCUUCACUGGAGAAGAUUUCGUUUAAAUUUAAUGGCAUUUAAAUCAUUAUAGAUGUAAAUAUAUUUCUAUAUGUUUCUAUACGUUUCUUUUAUAUUUUAUCAAGUUGGAAAGGCUGUUUAAAACACCUUACAGCAUAAUUGCAGACACAGAACGGAUUUAGAGACUAUUUAUUGCACAAUACAUUAUAACUACGCUUUGCUACCCCUGUCUAUAUACCACAAAGUUCUAGUUUGCAAAUAAGUUUGUGAUAAUGGAAAUAUAGAAAAGACUGAUUAAUCGAUAUAUACACUUAUUUGAAACAUCAUUUGGCUCAUGGGUCUAUUGAUGUUAAACUGGGGUCAUGAACUCUACCAUUAUUCUGCCAUAAAUUAUAGAAUAAAUAACUUUGAAUUACCUUUUGCAGAUAUUACUGCCUUAUUCUUACACAUUUACACAGAAAAAAUAAACUCAUUGUCUCCAAAUAUAACGAGAAGAGUCCAAUUUUGUUCACAAUGAUGAUCUCAUAGAUUUUACAGUACACUAGACAAAUAUUAAUAUAUCACUCUUAACAUCACAUGUUAACAUCUAGCGGAUUGAACUGCAUCUAUAACCACAAUCAAGUUUUUUUUUAUACAAGACAAAAAAGGUGUAUAUAUUUGUAUAAGAAUACAUACCUUGGUUUUCCAAGACCUUUUCGAUUCCCCUCCAUCAUCCACACUGAUGU